AUGAAAUCAUUAGCUGUUGUAUUCAUGGUCAUAGCUCUGACUCAAUGCCAAUCAAUAAUUGAUUGUAAAUUCGAGUACAAUCUUUGCGGUUGGACAGCUGAAUCACCAUGGACCAUUGCUGACAGGACAUUCGUGCCGAGUCCGCUCAAUCUUAGUCCUAUGACAUUAAUUGGUGAUGGUGCGUUUAUAACUGCACAAGGCCACUUUGGCUCGAAUUCCACAGCUGAUCUCAUUAGUCCAGUAAUGGCACCAACAGAAACACAUAAUGUAUUAUCGUUCAAAUACACGAAGACCAUAGGUGACGCGAAUUUACAGAUUAUGUUGAAAGAAGGUACAAACUACCGUAAUCUUGAUCACAUAUCUACUAAUAUAUUAGCAUUCUGGAUACGGCGCUCCUUAGUGGUUCCAAGAACAGGACAGCCAUAUCAGAUAGUAUUUCGAGUAAGUAAAUUGCGAACUGGUUUCGAUUUCAUAUCGAUUGAUGAUGUCAUGCUUAGGCGUAGUGGUAAACCCGUUUUAACGGCGGAUGAGGACUUGCUUAGUGAAUCGUCGGCUGUAUCGGUGUACCAAAAGUUUGGCUCUGAAGAGUCAUUAAUAUGGACUCAAAGCGGCAUCACUUUAGCUGGUUGGAAUAGGAUACGACUUCCGAUG